AUGGGGCUGGUGACGGAUCCGAUUUGCAACAACGGUGAAGAGACUAUUAUUAACGUCUUACGUGACUGCCCUACACGCGUGCAACUUGGGAGUAUAUUCUACACUUACAUAUUAGGAGUAGUUAUUUCUCCACCCCUUUACUUAAUUGGAGGCAUCUGUUUAAGAUACUCAUAUGGAGAUUAUAGAAACAAAGGAAUAACUGUCCUUAAUAGAUACGUCUUGUCAACCAUGGAAAUCAUCCAAUCGGUAAGAGUGUGGACUCAAACGAUUCGGAAUGCUAAGGGUGAACCCCGACGAAGCCAGGCAAAUAGUACCAUGAAGCAUAGAUGGAUGACACCCAGAGAUGGAGCUGUUAAGCUUAAUACCAAUGGGGCUAUGAACCGACAAACGAUGGACGCAACUGGUGGCGAAUUUAUCAGAGAUAGGGCAGGAACUUGGCUAGUAGGGUACCGCCGGAACAUUGGUAAAUGUUCAGCUUUCCAUGCCGAGUUAUGA